AUGCUACAUGCAAACACCAGAGAUAAUCAGACAGAAACCGAAUCGAUAGAGUUAGCUUUCGGCCUCAUGGCUUCAUCCCCAACGCUCGGAGAUCCGGAUUAUCUGAAAAGAGUGCAAGCAUCGCUUGAUUCAACCAUGCCGUGGAUAGGCAUGUACAUUGCUGCAGCUUCUGCAGUCUGCACACUUGCAAUGGCGGCCGAUGCUUUCAUUGGCUUCAGAAGCAAAAAGUAUUGGCUUCCGUGUAAGUAUUUCUCUCUCAACGCUUUCUCCCUCGUACUACUAGCAGUAGCCAUGAAGCUCCCCGUGGAUCUAACGAGUUUGGACCUCACCUCCAACGAUAAACUCGCGAGGCUUAGCAGCCUUUAUAUGAUGUCGACCGCUAUGAAUAAUUUCAUGACAUCGUUAGGUUCCACGGAGAAUAACGAUAUUGUACUAAACAUGGCAGCUUUAGGCAUUCUAGUCAUCACUAUUGCUGCAAAUGUGUAUAUUCAUAUUGUUCAGAUUCUUAGCUCUGGAUCUAUGUUAUAUGUGUUGCUGCCCCAACAGAUGGUAUCUUCUGCGCUCAUGCUCCUCUUCCUUGCGACAUUAUGUUCUGUAUCGUUGAUGGUUCCAGGAGCCAAGAGAUGCAUAGGAUUGAAGUAUAAUGAAAUGCACAAAUCGGUCUCAAAUAGACAAGUAGAGUGGGGAAGGUUUAGAAGUGAUGAGCUUGAAAAUAUGGUGAAAGGGUAUUGGGUGAUGGCUCAAACUAGCAGUCCUCAGUUUGUUCUAGCAAGGUCUGCUAUUUCUUCUACUUUAGGAUUCUGGUGCCUUUUCACAGCUGCAGGUUUGGUCGAAGCUCGGAUUUCACAUAGGCUUCUAUAUCCUAGGUAUAAAGUCGAUUCGAGUGUUUUUGUUACUUCAAAAUAUCGUUGGUCCGUUGGUUGGAUUUUGAACAUUCAGUGUACUGGAGUGGCGAUUGGAACUAUCGCUCCUCUGUUGAGAUGGUUCGUUGCUUCGUGGUUCAAGAUUUCUGAGAUGGAACGAAAGAGCUUCAGAGAUGAAGUCAAGGUUGACAAGUACUGGACUUGGAGGCUGGUAGAGUGGAGAGACAGGUCACUUCCGUUUCAAGUUCAAAGCCGCGCAAGCAAGAAGCUUCUUCGUGAUGCUGUAAGAUUUGUUCUGAAUUUCUGCAUUGGAGUUCAGAUUCUCGUUGUUUUAGCAGCCAAACUAGUUCUAUUCCUCUCUGCUAGAUUUGGUAGAGCAGUUCUCUUGUGUUUACGCAAGAAUGAAAGACCUGUUUUAGCAGGAGCACAUGUCGAUUUUAGCCAAUAUGUUCUUCUACUUGAUGGUGAGCCGCAGCUGCCUUAUAAAAUCCUCAAGAACAUCUGCAACGAGGCGGAUGAGUUGAUAAAGGGAGGCGAAAAAAGGCAGCCCAAGAAUCUGAUCCAGCUUCUGAAGAAAUCCUCAAACUUUAAUGGGUUGGGACGAUUUGACAGAUGCGAAAUCCCGAGCUUGCAUUCUCAAGAACCUCCAAAUUGCUGGUCUCUGCCCGUGGUGACUUUGACAGCCAUUUCAGUUUCUCUUCUCAACUUUGCAGACGAGAAGGCUAACCAGUUAAUGGUUUGCAUUAGUGAGGGCUUGCCCAUCGUGAAGCUUAUCGAGGAAACUCUAGACAGUUCUGGUGAGUUAGAAAGCGUAAGAAAAACAGCAGAUGUGGUUUGGAUAGGAGCUGAAGUGUACAGAAAAUGGGAGGACGCGGAUAUAAAGAGCACGAGCGUAAGAGGCACAACACACAAGGAAACACUGCAAAACCUUUCUAGGCUUGCAGAAAAGAUUGUGACAGAUUUUGUGGCUCAAACGAGAGAUAUUCUAAUGCAGAACCCUCUAAACUGGCCUGCUAGAGUUAUAUCUGCUAACUCGAUGUACAGGAUUUCUCAAACGAUCUUGUUAGGAAUGGGAGAUGGCGAGAACCAAACUGACGACGAGCUAUUUGAGAGUAUUUCCAUCACCAUCUCGGAUAUACUAGCAGCGUGCCUCACCAACCUAGUGCAAGUCAUAACAUUGAAGUGUCACAGGCACGACAUCAAAGAAAGGGAAGAAAGUGUGAGGCGAGCAGCGAUUCUUCUUGGUGAGAGCAAAGAGAUUUUUGAUAUUCUGCAGCAACGUGAGCUUCCUUGUUUGGAUAUGGAGAAAGCUGCUAAGAUUGACGAGUGGAGGGCAUCCUUGGCGUUGGAUAUUGAAAAUCCGUUGGCAUCUUCUUCACCAUCAUCAAGUGACAGUUCAACAACAGUGUAG